AUGACAGCAAUAGCACUUCCCACUUUCUUUUUCAUCAUAUUUUUAUGCCACACUCUCUGUAAUUCUUCUGACUUGGAAUCUCUAAAACACUUUGAGGUUUAUUGUAAGAGGGAUCAUGGACUACUUCCAGUCAAGAGGUAUCUUAACCGAUAUGGUUAUCUCGAUAAUCUUGAUCUCAACAAGGAUAUAUUCGAUGAUGAGUUGGAAUCAACGACCCUUACUUACCAACUCAAUUACCACCUGGACACUGCGGGAAUUCUAGAUUCCGACACCUUGUCCAAAAUGAUGGGUCCACGAUGUGGGGUUCCCGACAUAAUCAAUGGAACAAAUACCAUGAAACACGGCACCAAACCCUUUAAUAAUUCACUGUACUCUUUCUUCUUCCCAGAUCGUUUUGUCAAAUGGAAUAUAACCAUCUUUAUGUAUAAAUUUAUGAAUGUUUUUCCUCCAGAAGGUAUCGAUUAUGUUGGACAGGCACUUGAUAUAUAG